GCUCUGGAACCACAAGCGGGAGGUGUUUCUCAAACCAUCGCAUCUGCUGUACCUGCGGUGCCUGGCCCAGAGAAAACUUCAGCAGCUCCAGCGGUGCCAAUGACAUUGGACCCCCAUGCAGUUGAAGAGGUGAGUGAGAGUGGAGCGGCAAAGAGGAAUACCUCUCGGACUGAAGAUGUACAAUUCGUUGUGCCAGAGGUGAGCUUUACCUCUGCUGGGAGCGGACUGCUGCCGCUGCUUCUUCUGCUCGGGCUGUGGGGGGUUGCGGCUGCGUGA